AUGGAGCCUGUGGCGCUGAGCUGCGACUUACCUGUGCUCGUUUGUACUCUCACCUACCUGUCUCUGGAGGAUACUCUGCGGUGCGCUCAAGUCAGACACACCUGGCGCCAAGCCGCCAGCCAGCCGGAAGCUUUGGUGCGGGUACUGCAUCUUCCAGGUGACGAUGGUGAUUCAACUCCGGAAGGCCUUCGUAGACUGCUGGGCAGAGGCUGCCUGAAGCAUGUGGAGUUGGUGGAAAUUGCUGGCGGAUGCAGCUGGUUCCCUGCACUUGUUGGAGAGCUGCCGGACUUGCAUCAGCUUCGAGUACGCGGAGCCUGCAGCAGUCCGUGCGGGGGGAGGCCCAAGCUUGAUGUGGACCUGGCCUUGAGCAAUAUUCUCGCGGUCUCAUCGCGGCUGACAGUUCUGGACUUCAGCUACGACGGUUUUGGCUCGGAACGGAGUUCCCGCUGGCCGGCCAUGCCGUCGCUGGCAAGACUCCGUGUACAGAGUCUGCCGCUCCGUUUUGCAGAUCUGCCAAAUCUUUUCACGGCAAAAGACCUGGAAUGGCUGGAGCUGCAGGCAUGCCCGCUGAUGAGUUCUCAGACUGGCAUUGUUUCUUUCGGGGCCAAAGUUCAGCCUCGCCAUUUGAAAGUACUUCGCUGCGGUGUGCAGAUGGCUUUGACGUUGCUUCUCUCCGUGUGCCUGGAGCGGCUGAGCUUUCUGUACCUGGAUCCGCCCACUGACUCGCGCGUGCAGGACGAGCUUGCAAAGGCUUGUGCGCCUCAGCUCGGCGGCAAUGAUCCCAAUGUGGAUGCUUGCACAGACCUACAAGCGCAGGCUCAACGGGAGCUGCUUGCUGAGCUGCGGCGAGCAUCGCGAACAUCAAGGCUGGAUGCGUCAAAGGUGCGAGUGGGGGCUGAAGUCGGUGUGGAGUCCUAUUUGGAAGUCCUGGAUCGAGAGCGCAUGGAGCAUCGGGAAUCUGCGAGCAUCAGUGAGCAAGAGUACGCUUUGGCCCAAAGGAUGGCCGGCCUGGAAGGCGUGAACACCACAAGUUCGGGGCAGCCGAUCGGAAAGGAACGCGCGUACUACUAUCGCUUCCACAAGCUGAUUGGGAAGGCAAACUGGCGAAAAUACACGGAACGUUACAUCGCCCCGCGGGCGGUGGAGAAUCGCCAAAGGUGGAUUCCAACACCCUGGCCAACUUGGACGCAAUCGAAGCAUGCUCACUCUUGGAACUGGCGCUUACCCAAGGGGUUGGCAGCCGCAACAUCUGCCGACGAAGUGCUCGAGGUAUGGGUACAGUUCCGACACAAGCACCCGAAGAGGACGUUUCACUAUUUCAAAGUCCUGAAGCGGCUGACAGACGUGGGUGGCUGUGAAAGAACGGAUUGGCGCCUGCGCUUCAUUACGUCCAGACUUAAAAAAAUCCAUCGCAAGGUGCUCAACUUGCCUCGCUUAGCAAAGUACUAUGCCGAGCUGAAGUGCAUUGAUGAGAUGGAGCAUGUAUCCCGAUUUCUCAGGAAGAUGCUGCCUAAGUACACGUCGCACCAGCUUGUCCUUGUGGCCCAUGCUUUCGCCAUUGCCAAACUGCAGGACAAGCACAUGAUGGAGGAGGUUGCCAGACUGGUGGAGCCGCAGCUCAGCGAAAUCACCCCUCUUGAAAUGGUUCGACUGGCUCAGGCCUAUGCCAGCACAGAGGUGUGUCAUUACACGCUCCUGGGGCAGAUUUCGGCGCAAGCGCAAGUUCGUGUGCAACAAGCCUCGGAGGGGCAGGUGACACUCUCGGGCCUUCCUGGCUCUUGCCCGUCCUUUCUGCAGCUCGCGGAGCUGGCGGAGGCCUUUGCCCAGCUGAAAUUCCAGGACUACUCCUUCCUGGAGAUGGCAUCCUUCCAGGCGGCGGCGCUGCUGAGGGAAGGCCGCGCAGGUCCAACACCGCCAGCUCUGGCGCUGCUGUGCAGGGCCUGUGCACGCUUGAAGGUGCACGAAGUUCAGCUUUUCGAGGCCGUCCUCGCUCACGUCUCUGAGCAUUGGUACGAUUAUCCGGCCUCGUGCCUGGCUGACAUCGGCUUGGCCCUGGCGCCUGUGAUGCCCACCUCAGAGCCUGUGAUGGAUGUGUAUCGCAGGAUGCUCAGCCAGAUCCGUCAGGAUCGCGAUACUUUGAGCUUGAGGCAGGUUGGCACAGCCGUCCGCUUCAUGGCAGAAGUUGAUCACAAGGGGGAGUUCAUGCCCGGCUUGGCCCAGGUACUUGCACGUCGUCUCAUGGACUUGAGAGAUGAGACCAAAGAGUGCUAUGAUGUGGCCCGAGUUGCGGAGAUCUUCUCGAGACGAUGUCCAGAGGAGCACGCGUUGUUCUCGACGCUUUGCCGGCACCUGCAUCGUCACCUUGGCUUCUUUGAACCCGUGGACUUCGUUCGAUUCGCUCGAGGCUUAGCAGCAGCGGAGUAUCGCGAUGAUCGGGUCGCCCAUGCACUUCCCAAGUGGGCCGAAAAGCGGCUCCGGGAGUUCUCUCCGCACGACUGGGACUCGUUUCUCACCUCGAUGAGCAGACUUGGAACCUCCACGGAAAAGCUGUCUCAGCUGCGAGACAGCGGUCUGGAGCUUGGUCGCCUGCUUCGAAGCCCGACGAGUGCCUACUUUGGAAAGAAGCUGGCGGUUUUGAGGGGUAUCGUUACAUUGAUCUGCAGGCCUGGCAACGGGAACGUACUUUCCGGUGUUCGAAACGAAAGCGAGAGACUCCCACAGGAGCGGGCGAUGGCCGACGCCAGCCUGGCGAGCAGGCCAUGUUUCGUGCUCCAGCAGAGUGCCAGGAGAAGCUUGCUGAACUGCACAAGCGAUUCGCUUUCAGCGAGGUGCUUCGAAGCCAAUGCUGGCUCGCUUACCACCACCAAGCUGCCACAGUUUGAGGCCUACCUGCAGAAGGAGAAGGAGAGAAAAGCGCCAAAGAAGCCGGUGGUUCGCCCACAAGCACGGCCUUUGGGAGGCGACAUCGCCCUGAAACGUCAGCGGCCUGGACAGGCAUCAACUUCACAGCCCAAACGGGCACGCGAGGCUGAUGCGAAGGAAGAGCCAAGAGGGGCGCUGCAGAAUGCUCCUAUGCAGCCAGGAGCAACUGCGCCUAGGGCACCAAUGCAGGUUUCAACGAAGAGUAGCAAUGCUUCCAACCUGGACAGACCGACUCGGUCUCUGCUCCCUGUGAAGGUGCAGGAAGCACCAGGUUCCCAGAAAGUCACAUCCUACAGAUGGAUCAAUGAGACCAUCGCAGCCCGCGCCGCACAUCGUGACGAGAGACUGCAGGAAUGGGAAGGAAUGGUCGUCUCGGAGUUGCAGAUCCGAGCUCCAGAGGUAGCUGUGGGCACAGUGGGUGUUCCCUGUCAGAGCGAGAGCAUCCUCUUCGGCCGAAUCGCGUGUGAGGGCUUUGAGGGCCGCCUGAACGACCGCUCGAUCAUGCUGGAGGGGCCAAGCUUUGCCAACACCAAGGUGCGCUUGAACGUUGCGGACUGCAAGCAGAUUGCUGCGUUUCCUGGGCAGAUAGUCGGUGUUGUCGGCCGCAGCGGCAUGACUGGCAGCACCUUCCAUGUGAACGACUUUUUGCCAGGACUUCCGAUCCAAGGAGAAGCCAUGGCGCCAGAGUCGUCUCUGCAUGCCAUGAUUGUAGCCGGCCCGUUCAGCCAACGUGACCGACUCGACUUCACAGCUUUGCAGAGUGCCUUGGCUCAUGCCCAGAUCGAGCGUCCCCAGGUCGGGCGGCUGCUUUUGCUAUCUUUUGCUUUCUCGGAAGAAGAACUCCUCUAG